GGGAGACUUGGUUGCCUCGGUUUAAAGCCGAACUGUGUUGAGUAAACUAACCUGCGAGGAAGUAGAGGGUGCCGAGCUCCGCGGGUGAUACCGUGAGGCUGGACUGCGCCGCUCCGGCAUUUUUAAACGCGUUUUAAUUUAUUUAUGAAGUGGGGUGGGGGGGUGUUUAUUUCGCGGUGUCGUCUUUCUCCCACCCGGCGCUUGGAGUUCAGCCGCCGGGGAGCCGGGGAGCAGGCUCGGCUUGUCAGAUUGUGAGGGAAACGGAGAAGCCGUACGGACGCGGAGAUGUCUUAACACUUAACUUCUACCCCUCCUCUAGAUCUGACUCUUGUGUUCCUGCCCCCCUCCCCACCUCCCCGCUCUCUCUCGCCCUCCCCGAGCGGAAUGUGGAAUACACAUCGUCGCCAGCAAGGAGCCGCUUAGAAAUUAAGAAUUGUAAUAUCUAAAACACCCGGAUUCAUUACGACAAGGACCUUGCUGCAGGAGACUGGGGAGCCCCAGCACAGUGGCGCCACCCGCUGGGAGUCGGUGGCGUUGCAGCGGCCUGCAGGCGCGCGCAGUACUGAAUGGCCACAAGCCCAAACCACUGCGGUACUCAUGACCUCUACUGCAAGGUGAGCGUCCGAUUGGCUGGCGGCGAGAGUGGCAGGGCCUCUCAGGAGUCACGUGACAUGGAGGUCAAAGGGCACCUCAUCACCAGCAUGGGCCUGGGGGCCCCAGACUCCCAGCUCAGUGAACAGGGCGGUAAGCACCUGGCAGAGCGAAUAGCGGAGCUGCAGGAGAGGAGGCGGAGCCUGCAGAGCACCCUGAACAGCCGACUGGGAGAACUGAGGCGAAUCUGUCUGCAGGAGGCCGAGCUGACAGGAGAGCUGCCGAGUGAGUAUCCCCUGGAGGCUGGAGAAAGACCCCCCCUCGUCCGGCGCAGAGUGGGAGCGGCCCACCGAGGCUCCGCCCCUGCCUCCGUCAGCAUCAAAGGAGAGGAGGGGGGGGUACCCCACCGGCUGGCUGGCUCAGGGGACCCCGGCUCGGAGCCCCGCAGGAAGAAGAAGCCGGUGCUCAGUGGCGCCCUCCGCAGGCCGAUGGACGCCGAGCAGCUGCCUCCGCAGAAUAAGAGAGCCGCAGGCCGGAGCUGCCUCGCGCUGACAGAUGAAGCGGUGAAGUCGGAGAGCAGCUCCAUGUCGGACUCCACCGGUCACGACAGUGAGGAAGCUCCCUCCGGGAUGAGGCAGCCCCCGCCCGGAGCAGCCCUGGAGCGCCUGUCUCCCCCCCCUCCUCGGUCCCGGCUGGCGCCCGGGAGCCCCAAGGGGGGGCUGACCCGCAAGCUGUCGCCCGUGGAGAUCUACUACGAGAUGAAGACCCGCCGGAACUCGGUGGCCAGCUCCUCCAGCCCCGGCUGCUCGCUCCCGCGCAGCGUGUCCAACGUGGAGGGCCGCAGCGUGCCCGCCACGCCCCUCCUGAGCCGCAACGCCCCACACCCGGCCCAGGGCAGGCCGGAGGUGUCGGGUGGAGGAGUGGGCGGCAGGCAGUGGCUGGACAGCCCCGAUGGACCCAGGCCGCCGCUGCCGCCACCACCGCCACCGGAGGGGUCCUUCGACCGGGGAGGCUGCCCGUACAGCGGCGUGGGGGGGAUGCCCUCGAGGGGGGGGCCCUACAAGAGCUCGGAGACGUUGACCGACGGCAAGCUGCGGCAGCCGUACCGGGGCAGCCCGGAGCGCCACGCCCACGCCCACGCCAACGGCCACCUGGAGCUGGGCCGGGUGCGGGUGUCGGUGGGGGGGCGCGGGGGAGGGGGGGGCGGCUACAAUGAAAUCCUGCUGGACUAUAUCUGGGAGAAGCAGCAGCAGCAGCAGCAGCUCCAGGGAGUGGGGAGUACGCGACCCUGGAGGGCAGAGGUCAUCCCCAGCUCCGCUGGCGCCCCCUACGGCCCGGGCAGCCCCCUGAUGCUGCGGGGCAAGCCCGGCGAGCCGCGGAGAGUCAGGGUGACGCGGACCAAGUCCUGCGGCCCCUUCAUCCCGCUGCAGCAGCCCCAGCAGGAGACCCUCCUGCUCUCCACCUUCUCCGAGUCUCCCACGGUCCUGAGCGCCCCCUACCCCUCGGCCUCUGCCUCCCCCGGCGCCCCCUACCCCUACCCCUACAUCUCCGAGCCCCCGCCCCGGAGGCCACUUCCCCACCCGCCCGAGGACGCCACCCGCUCCCUGCACAAGGCCCUGGCGCUGGAGGGGCUCCGAGACUGGUACCUGAGGAACGCCCUGGGCCACCCCCCCGCGCCGCCCCGCAACAGGAGGGCCGCUCCCGGGCACGGCCACGCCCUCCAGCCCUGCGCCCCGGAACCAACGUACCCCCAGUGCCACAGCACCCAGCUGCCGCAGUCCGCCACCUUCCACGGGCAUCCGCUGCAGGGCAGGCCCUUGGAGCUCUCUCUGUACCAGGAGCCCCUGGAAUCCCAGCUGCAGGAGCUGAGCCUGCGAGAGCAGGGCGCCGACCCGCCGCCCCCGGGCACGCUGGUCUGACGAGCACACGCCCGCGCCGGCAGGAGCGCGCACGCUCUCUAGGCGAGAGCCGCCUGCGAUGGGCAGACCGCGACCAGGCACGCCAAGGCCGUGGGCUCUGUGCUUUCCUGGACCACGGUAUUCCCGGGAUCCGUCCGAGAGGCUCCACCGCAGUACGGCGUGGCGGUACUGUGGGCCAGAGCGGUGAAACGCAGCUCGGAGGGGUCAGGCCCAGGGAGGAUCCCCCACGGACAGCUUGGUAAAUCGGUGUGGGAGGAAAAACCAGGGCGAACCUGCCGUGCAACAUUACUGUAGUGGACUUCCGCAGUGGUCACUGGUAGUACAGGAAGGCUGGAUCUGAUCUGUUACGGUCGGGAAACAAGGAAAUGAUUCUCAACGGGUUCUGCUGUGAUCCGGACCCCCUGCCUGGUACAGCAGGUAAUUCCUCACUCUCGCUGGCUUGGAAGAGCAUCGUACAGGAUGCAUCGUUGACAGUGAAACAGACUUCAUAAAUUAGUGGAUGACCUUAUUUCAGACACAGGGUGCCAGCUGAUACCCGUGUCUAGAGUGGUAUUUUCUAGGCUCAACGGCCAAAAAACAGGAAUCAAACUACUGCUUCUAACAAGCCUUGGGGAAACUGUGGCAGAACCUUUGUGGACAGGAGUGACUGAGAUGCACUGUACAAUCCUCUGCCCUUCUGCAGUUCGAGAGGAGAGCCUGCUCUGGACCGUUCAGGGAUGUGGUUUCCUCUUCCUGGCGGGAGGGAUGGAUGGCGCCCGCUGCUGGGAGAAGGGGCUGCAGGGCGCGAGGCUCCUGGCACGUUCCCGUCCGUACAGGCCACCCUGCACUGUGGGUGCCAGCAUAAGCCGGUCUUAUGUCAUUAAAUUAUAAAGUAAUAUUUUUUUCUUCUUGUCCAGUAUCUUCCUGCUGCCCUGUGCCCCUGUAAGCAGAACAGUCCAGUUGUUACCGCCGUGGCCUGGGGGGGGAGACUCCCGCCUCCUCGCGGCGCACAGACCAGAGGUCCGCACACCUAGCGCUGACAUCAGUGGGUUACAAGUAGUGCUGGGGCUUGUGUUCUGGGUGGAAUCGCAGCUAAUCCGCCUCUGGGCCGAUCCCAGCGAGCCGGGCCAGUUUCUGCAGUCCAGUAGAACAAGGAGGGUUCUGUUUUCAACAGCACCCCCUAUAGGCGUCGGCUGGUGACCCCGGAAGGGGAUAGUAUCGGGGCCCCCCUGUGUUGGUUUCGAUCUGGGCGUGGGUUUGUACUGUGCCCUGUCGGGCGCGGGCCUGCGGAGCGCUCCAGCACUCCACAGGGACCCCGGCACGCGUCGCCACCCCUCUCGCCAGGGAAGGGCGUUCAACAAAGCGCCGCGGUCCGCGUGCGCUCGCCCGUGCGGUACUCCUCACGCAGCCUGCGCAAGCGUUUUGCAAUGAUGGCGGCAGCAGCGUGGCUACCUCCGGCUCCAGCCCGUGACUCCCCCACAUUCUUCACCAGCAUACGAGACCCCGCAGAGCAGCUGACCCCCCACUCCAGCGAGGCAGGCUCUGCCCACGGCCCUGGCCCCAGGUUCGACGUGGCUCCCGGUGGGCUGAUCAGGUUAGCUGGGCGGAGGAGAGAACAGAACGGUUAGACGACUGUGUAGUUACAUGGUCCACCCUCCUGAUUCAUCGGAAAGGGAAACAUAGUUCUGCAGGUUCCUGCAGUGAAGGCGCCUAUAAAGCAGGCUGUGCUUGAACUCUCAGCAGCGCUCAUCCAGGCUCGUGAUCUCCAGCCCUUUCCCUUCAGAGCUCCGACCCAGUGGAGCCCAUUGAAGUUCUCCCUGGAAAUCGUCAGAGUUUAGGCUUCAAAACUGGGAGCUUCUUACCUGCAUCCUUCCAGGAUCAGAGCUGGACUGAGCUGAACAGGAACAGCUGAACCGUUAGCAUCAGUGAUAAAAAAGUCACUAACUCAAAGUGUUAAUUAGCCCCCCCUAUUUUAAGAGGAGCUGGUAAACUCCUGGGCCUCUCCGAGACCAGGGGAUGUGCACCCCAUGUCCUUGAGGGUGAGUGACAGGGUCCUGUGGUUUUGAUUUCUCCUCCGGUCCCUAAUCCGUGAUUCUUCUACUUGUAAAACCUGACAGACUCCCACCCUGGAGGCUUGAACUUGUCCGUUCCUGCCCCAGACGCGUAGGAAUGACCAGCAGUUCCUUCAACCCCUGCUGCCUUACUCCUUCUCACCACUAGAGGGCUGUCUUACACAGGCUGAACCAGUUCUACCUGGUCAGUCGGUCCAGCCCUGCUGAAGUGCUGAUCCGCAGUACCAUGAUGUCCACUGCUCCCCACUAUUAAGAAUUAUGAUCAGGCAGCCUUCACAUCUCCUCAGAGAUCAUUAGUCUCCCUGUGCAGUAGAUGGGUAACUGAAGUGUCUGGGGGUGUGUGUGUGUGUCUGUGUCUGGGGGUGUGUGUGCGUGUUUGUGUGUGCAUGUGAUUUCAGUCCGCGCUGCCACUCACGGCGCCACAGCGGACUCCUGUGUCCAGACUGACGCUUCUGCAUGGAAGAGCUGCGGAGAAGAGGCAGGGUCUGUGCAGGACUGUGGGAGGGCCGACAGUUCACUUCCAGGGGUACAGGCAGCUGAUCUUGACAUUUCCACAAUGACUUGAAUUGUAAUUUGAAAGGUGUAGAUAGAGAAGACUAUUAUAAAGAAGAGACGCUUGCAUUUCUAUCGCUACUUCUGACCUUUGGGUCUCGCCUCCCAAUAAUACCAGGUGUUUUGGGGACGAAGAGAAGUUAUUGAAUAUAAAAUCAUGCCACUUUUGAAUAUGUACUGGGGAGAGGGACUGUAUAUCAUCUUUUUAAUAAAGUGUCUUGUUAAAGCCCA